UCCACCUUGUUUCGAUCACGUGACAUGAGCUUACGAAGAUGGUGGAAGUUUCUUCUUCCUUGAAGUGAAACCCCCACCAGAAACCCAAACAUCCUGGUGAGCGAAGGCUGGGAGGAUACUUCAGGUACCGCGCAUUAGUUUAACAGCUCCUCGCUCGGACUCCGGCCUUUAUACCAGCCCUAUGUCAUGGCCAGUGGAGCCACCAAGUCGGGCACUUCCAAUGGAUACCCUAUUAGGGCACAGCUACAAAUCAUUGUGCUAUCAGCAAAACUGAAAGAAAACAAGAAAAACUGGUUUGGUCCCAGUCCCUAUGUGGAAGUGACAGUCGACGGCCAGUCCAAGAAAACAGAGAAAUGUACCAACACUCACAGCCCCAAAUGGAAGCAGCCGCUCACUGUGAUCGUAACUCCAUUCAGCAAACUAGUGUUUCGUGUGUGGAGCCACCAGACCCUGAAGUCAGAUCUGUUGCUAGGCAUGGCCACACUGGAUGUUAGUGAAACACUCAAAUCUAAUGACAUGAAAAUUUCUGAGGUGGUGCAGACCUUACAACUGUGUGCAGACAGAGACGAGACAGACGUGGUGGGGGACCUGUCUGUCUGCCUUGACGGCAUGACUGUUGAUCCUGAUAUGUUCGCAAAAGCAGAAGUCGACCAUCACAGUACAUCAAAUGGGGAGUUGCAGCCAAAUGGGGAUCAUUCCAUAAGGCACAGUCGAGACAACUCUCCGGCUGUGGACACCAUAGAGCACAAGUCCUCUCCAAGUGGCCGUAGAUCAGCGAACAGCACAGGGUCUCCGUCAGUAUCUUCAGCAGGGCUGAGGCCCGUUCGACCACCUAGGCCAUCUAGACCUCCGCCUCCCACCCCACGCAGACCCACCUCUUCACCAGCAUCUUCCAGCAAUGGCUCUGCUGCAGCAGACUGCAGCGACGGCCAGUCAGGUUCUGAUACCCCGGUGCGAGUGCCGGCCUCGGGUCCCUCAUUAGCCCCAGACUCAAGUCCAUCAUGGGGCUCUGACAGGAACUCCACAGUGGUUUCCGGGUCUGGAGCUGCAGCAACCAGACAGCCGACCAGCACCAUCACCCCUGCUGUCACUCCCAGAGUCCCCGCAGUCAACACGGGACCAUUACCUCCUGGAUGGGAGCAGAGAGUGGAUCAGAAUGGCAGGCUUUAUUAUGUUGAUCACGUGGAGAAGAAAACAACGUGGGAACGGCCUGAACCACUGCCCCCGGGCUGGGAGCGUCGUGUUGACCAAAUGGGGCGGGUCUACUUUGUUGAUCACAUCACACGAACCACCACAUGGCAACGCCCCACUGUGGAGACAGUGCGCAAUUAUGAACAGUGGCAGCACCAGCGAAGCCAGCUGCAGGGCGCCAUGCAGCAGUUCAACCAGAGAUUUAUAUUCGGGGCCCAAGACCAGGCCACAGCCACUCAAAAUAAGGAGUAUGAUCCUCUUGGGCCUCUACCACAGGGAUGGGAGAAGAGAACAGACUCCAAUGGCAGAGUUUAUUUUGUGCAUCACCCUACACGGUCAACACAGUGGGAGGAUCCAAGAACACAGGGUUUGCUGAAUGAGAAGCCCCUUCCUGAAGGCUGGGAGAUGCGCUUCACUGUAGAUGGUAUUCCCUAUUUUGUCGAUCACACCAGGAGAACUACCACCUACAUCGACCCUCGAACUGGGAAAUCCUCACUUGAAAAUGGACCCCAGAUCACCUAUGUUCGAGACUUCAAAGCCAAAGUACAGUACUUCAGAUUCUGGUGCCAGCAACUGGCGAUGCCUCAACACGUCAAAAUCAACGUAACCAGAAAAACCCUGUUUGAGGACUCCUUCCAGCAGAUAAUGAGCUUCAAUGCUCAAGAUCUGCGAAGGAGGCUGUGGAUCAUCUUCCCUGGAGAAGAAGGUCUUGACUAUGGCGGUGUUUCCAGGGAGUGGUUCUUCCUGCUGUCCCAUGAGGUUUUGAACCCGAUGUAUUGCCUGUUUGAAUAUGCUGGUAAAGAUAACUACUGUCUUCAGAUCAACCCAGCCUCCUACAUCAACCCUGACCACCUCAAGUAUUUCAGGUUCAUAGGACGCUUUAUUGCCAUGGCUCUUUUCCAUGGUAAGUUCAUCGACACUGGUUUCUCACUGCCAUUUUACAAGCGCAUCCUCAACAAGCCGCUGACCCUCCAUGACCUGGAGUCCAUUGAUCCGGAGUUCUACAACUCCCUCAUGUGGAUCAAGGAUAACGACAUUGAGGAGUGCGGGCUGGAGAUGUUCUUCUCUGUUGACAAGGAGAUCCUGGGGGAGAUCUCCACCCAUGAGCUGAAACCAGGAGGAGGUGACAUCCAAGUCACAGAAGAGAACAAGGAGGAGUACAUCAGGCUGGUGGCAGAGUGGCGCUUGUCCAGAGGAGUAGAAGAGCAGACACAGGCUUUCUUUGAAGGGUUCAACGAGGUCCUGCCUCAGCAGUACCUGCAGUACUUUGAUGCAAAAGAGUUGGAGGUCAUGCUGUGUGGUAUGCAGGAGAUUGACCUGGUAGACUGGCAGAGAAACACCAUCUACAGACAUUAUGCUCGCAGCAGUAAACAGAUCGUCUGGUUCUGGCAGCUUGUGAAGGAGAUGGACAAUGAGAAGAGGAUGAGACUGCUGCAGUUCGUCACUGGUACCUGUCGCCUGCCAGUCGGAGGCUUCAAUGACCUCAUGGGAAGCAACGGUGCUCAAAAGUUCUGCAUUGAGAAGGUGGGAAAAGAAAACUGGCUUCCCAGAAGUCACACAUGCUUCAACAGACUGGAUUUGCCACCCUACAAGAGCUACGAGCAGCUGAAAGAGAAGCUGAUGUUUGCCAUCGAGGAAACGGAAGGCUUUGGACAGGAGUAAAGGAAACCAGGAGGAGCUGGGUGCGGGAGUCUGAAGGAAUGAAAAAAACCCACCAGUGUUCAAAUCAGGGAGCCUCUUUAGAAUAGGCAGUUUUUGGGAGUUUGUGCUCAUGCAUGCACUCACAUGUGUAGUACUUCUAUGGGAGCAUGUGCUAGACUGUUGCCUGCAUGUUGUUGGGUUUCGGGCCCUGCACACUGCAGUCUCAGCAGGCCUCUGCACGCCCGACAGCUUGGAGAAAUUUUUGUAUCGUUUCAAACCAAAACACAGACGCUGCUCCCGUCUCUCAGAAUGUGCACCGCUUUAUGCCCGGUGAACUCGCCCUCUGUGACAUCUGUUUAACAAGACUACAGUUUUUUGUUUUGUGCUUUCAACUCAUAUGAUCAUGUCAGGUAAGAGGGAGGGGUUAAACUGAAAACAUCUUGACCUGAUGGAGCACAAGAAGUUCCAGCAGUAAAGCUUUUAAAUGAGAUUGAGAGGGUCUGCUUUUUCUUCUAAAACUGACGUGAGAUUCACCAAAAAUCAUUUUUUUAAUUCUCUUGUUUUAGAAUCAAACUUACACUUUGGUCUGCAUCUUAAUUAUAACUGGACCUUUUUU